GGAAGUCAAAAUGAGAAGUGACUUGAAGCUUAGGUGUCGGUUUUCAUGGCGAUGUUGGGAUUUUUGAGAAUGGGCCAGGAGCUCUAUUGAUCACUCACCAAUAGUAACGCAAGCUUACUUCGCAUGAGAUUUCGACCCACUUUGAUAAUGAUUCCAACCUAUGAUCUUCUGCCUUCGUGUGCGCACCCUCACUUGCCAUAGAUGCACUAUAUAGAGUGCCAAUCGUGCCAUCACAAUCGCGCAACAGGGCUUUCAUAUAUUAACAUAUGGGCCAAAUAUUUAUGUACUAUAUUAAAAACAUGAAACUUUUAAAGUCACUCCUUAUUAAAACUCUUACCUUUACAAACUACUAAGAAAUAAACUAACUCGGUAGCCAUGGAUCGAGGUAUGGAACUCUAUAUCUUCGGAGACCAAUCACAAAAGGUUGAUGAAGGACUAAGAACUAUCAUAUGUUCUGAUCGUGAUCCUAUCCAGGAUUCCUUCUUAACCAAAGCAUAUGAAGCGAUUCGUUCUGAAAUUCACGCUUUACAGCCCAAAGUCUCCAUCAAAUUUGCAGGCUUACUAGACCUGUUAGCCUUACGAGAAGAUGGCUUCAAAAGCGUUCCUCUAGAUCACGCCCUUACUGUUAUCUAUCAAAUUAGUCUCUUCAUACGGUACGGUUCAUAUAUACACUAGAUGAAUCCCAAUUGAUAAUGUAACAGUUGCUAAUUUCUAUAUAGAUUAUGCCAUAAAACUGGGCGCUACCCAAAGCCAUCAGACUCUUACUUAGCAGGGAUUUGUACCGGCACGCUCGCUGCAGCUGCGGUCAGUUAUAGCCGGUCUCUCUCCGAGCUUGUACCUGUAGCGGUACAGACUGUCAUCAUAUCAUUCCGCGCUGGCGUAUUAGCUGCAGAAAUCGGGACACAAGUGGCGUUAAACGAGAAGGCCGGAGCUUCAUGGGCAGUGAUUUACCCGGGAUUAUCGAUAGAGAAGGCAAAUUCCGCUAUUAAAGAUUUCUCAGAAUCUCAUGUAUGCUUGAAAAUACAUUCCUAGAAUCGAUUUUUACUAAUCAAAACCACAGCGUAUUCCUCUGAUCUCACGACCAUACGUCAGUAGCAGUUCUAGCCGUGGUGUCACAAUCAGUAGCCCGCCCAGGAUACUAAGUGCCUUCCGAAAUCAUCAAGAUGUAAGUACCUAUAAAGGUGUUGAAUUGUGUGUGAAUGCCCCGUAUCAUGCACCACAUCUCUAUACACAACAAGACAUCAACAAUAUUUUAGACCUAGAUCCAGUAUAUUGCUGGCCCGAGACACUCAGAAGCAUUCCAGUUCUAUCAAUAGCGACGGGAGAGGUCAUCCGUGCCCGAAAUCUGAGAGAAUUGCUAGAAAAUGCCCUUAUAGACAUCUUUCUGAGACCUAUGCAGUGGGAUUUGCUGGCAAACACUCUGAGUUCCAUUUUGAAAUCUUCAAAAGACACCAAAACCUUGUUGAUUCCAAUUGCUACAGAUGCUACCCCUGGUCUGAAAGCGGUGUUGAAGAUGAAGGGAAACACAAAAAUUGAAAUAGCAGGCCAUCCUCUUGGGCUGGCAAAUUAUGAUCAAUUUGGUGCCGGCAAGCACGAGACAUAUUCAAGCGCCGCUGGAAAUUUGCCAAGAUCCAAAAUUGCUAUCAUUGGUAUGUCAGGCAGAUUUCCUAGUGCAAACGACACCGCAAAAUUUUGGGAUAUUCUCUACAAAGGUCUAGAUGUGCAUGAGGUCGUACCUUCGCUCCGGUGGGAUCAAAAAACGCAUGUGGAUAGUUCAGGCAUCAGAAAAAACACCAGUGCUACACCUUACGGUUGCUGGCUUGAGGAGCCUGGUCUUUUUGACGCCAGAUUUUUUGGCAUGUCCCCGAGAGAAGCUCAGCAGGUUGAUCCUGCGCAGCGUCUUGCCCUUAUGACAGCCUAUGAAGCACUAGAGCAAGCAGGCAUCGUCCCUGACAAUACUCCUUCGACUAAAAGAGACCGAGUUGGGGUUUUCUAUGGUGUCACAAGCAACGAUUGGAUGGAAACAAAUAGCGCGCAGGAUAUAGACACAUACUUCAUCCCUGGAGGAAAUCGUGCGUUCAUCCCAGGUCGUAUAAACUACUGCUUUAAGUUCAGUGGACCGAGUUAUAGCGUGGAUACCGCAUGCUCAUCUAGCUUGGCAGCAAUUCAUAUUGCAUGUAACUCCCUCUGGCAGGGCGACGUCGACACUGCAAUCGCCGGCGGAACUAACGUGAUAACAAACCCAGAUUUCACGAGUGGACUUGACAGAGGACACUUCUUAUCACGUACAGGAAACUGCAGAACAUUCGAUGAUUCGGCCGAUGGCUAUUGUCGAGGGGAAGGUGUCGCUACGGUGAUUUUGAAACGUCUUGAAGAUGCGUUGGCGGACAAUGACCCGAUUCAGGGCGUGAUACUGAAUAUUUCUACUAAUCAUUCAGCUGAAUCAAAUUCUAUCACUCGACCGAAUGUGGGAGCACAAAAAGAUAUGUUCCAAAAGGUUCUUAGCGGUGCAGAGCGCCAAGGAGUCAGUUAUGUCGAGAUGCAGUAAGUCUAAACCUAGACGUUUCCAUUUUUACUGAAAGGCACAGGCUAACUUGAGGUUCUAGUGGGACCGGGACACAAACUGGUGACUUUGCUGAGAUGUCAAGCGUUUUGGAGUGCUUUGCACCCAAAGUUGGUCAGCGUCCCGCGCACCAACCUCUUUAUCUUGGAUCUGCAAAAGCAAAUGUGGGUCACGGCGAAGCUGCAGCAGGAGUGACGAGUCUUAUCAAAGUCUUACUAAUGAUGCGGAAUAACACAAUACCUCCUCACUGUGGUAUUAAGACAAAGAUAAACCACAGAUUCCCGGAGGAUUUGUUUUCUCGUGGUGUUCGUAUUACUGACAAGCCGAUCAAGUGGGAGAGAGCCCACGGUCGUCCUCGUCAAGUACUGGUAAAUAAUUUUAGUGCUGCCGGUGGUAAUACUGCGCUGCUUUUGGCAGAUCCUCCUCAGAGAGUUGCCGAAUCACAGGAUGAUGCUCGAGCCAUGCAUUUAGUUACCAUCUCUGCUAAAACGGCUUCGGCGUUGAAAGCAAAUGCUCAAUCUCUUUUGUCAUUCCUGACGAGCACUCCCGCUUCUCCCCUUUCACUGUCUUCUCUUGCUUAUACCACAACUGCAAGACGUAUUCACCAUCCCCAUCGCAUCGCCAUAACUGGAUGUAGUAUCAACGACAUAGCGGCCAACUUGUCCAAGGCUAUAAAUUCCGAGGUUGGAAAAACAAGAUCCAUUUCAAGCCCAUCGAUUGCAUUCGUAUUCACAGGGCAGGGAUCUAGCUAUAUUGGAAUGGGAAAGGAACUAUUUUACAGCAUCUCCUCUUUUCGGGCUGAUAUUUGUCUUUACGAUAAAUUGGCGCAAAAACAAGGCUUCCCCUCGAUUAUGCCCAUUAUCACAGAAGAUAGAGAUAAAACUCAGACAUCCGAUCAGUCUCCAACGGCAGUGCAACUAGCUAUUACUUGCUUGCAGAUGGCGUUAGUGAGGCUCUGGGCUUCAUGGGGCGUUGCCCCCAGUUGUGUAGUCGGCCAUAGUCUGGGUCAUUAUGCUGCAUUAAAUGCUGCAGGGGUUCUUUCGGCGGCGGAGACGAUCUACUUAGUCGGUAUGCGCGGUCAAGAGCUUGAAAAGUCUUGCUUACCUCAUACGCAUCUUAUGCUGGCUGUCAAAUCUUCGAUCGAGACACUCACUUCCUUUUUGAAAGACAAGGAAGUUGAGAUUGCUUGUAUCAAUGGCCCAAGCGAAAUUGUCCUUAGUGGAACUCGGGAAAAUAUCUCAAGUCUGUCUGAGGUUUUGGUGUCACAAAAAAUUAUGGUGACAAUCCUCAAAAUUCCUUAUGCUUUUCACUCCUCUCAAAUGAAUAGUAUACUCAAAAAAUUCGAGCAAACUGCCCAAGGUGUGGCUUUCCACCCACCAGACAUUCCAGUCAUCUGCCCGCUCUCAGCAACGGUGGUUCGUCUUCCCGGAGUUUUUGGACCGAAGCACCUCGCGGACCAUUGCCGCAAACCUGUUGACCUGGUUGGAGCACUCCUUUCUGCAACUACAGAUGGUACGAUUGCAGACAAUACAACUUUCAUUGAGAUUGGUCCUCAUCCUACAGUUUCGCGAAUGGUGAAAUCAAUUCUUGGCAAUCAUCCAACGGUCUUAAUGUCACUCGCGCGUGACAUAGGAGCUUUGAAGACUCUGACGGACACAAUAUCAUCAUUGUACCUGGCAGGCGCCGAAAUCAAGUGGAAAGAAUUCCAUAGCAAUUUCCCGUCAUGCCAGAAAGUUAUGGAGCUGCCGGCAUAUCAAUGGGAUCUCAAAGACUACUGGAUCCAGUAUGUCAACAAUUGGUCACUUCGAAAGGGGGACCCAAUUCCUGAGCCUCAAGCGGCGCAGGAUGAACACUUGGAAAUUUUAAGCACGACAAUCCACGAGGUCAUUUCCGAAGAUAUGGGAGAACAGUACGGUUCAAUAAUUGUGGAGUCUGACAUCCAUCGUUCCGAUCUCCAUCCGUUGGUUCAAGGACACAAAGUGAAUGGCAUCCCACUUUGCACACCGGUAAGAUUUUGCUCGUCUCUAAAUUCUCUUUGGCCUGUAGCUUUCACAUCUGACACAGAAAACAGUCUGUGUACGCCGACAUUGGACUUUCUAUAGGCCGGUAUCUCCUUAAAAAGUAUCGACCAGUCAUGGAAGACCAACAAAUUGAUAUUGCGAACAUGGCGGUCGAGAAGGCGCUUAUCGCUCAAGAGAAGGGGCCACAGCUACUUCGUACAUCGGUAGAUAUUGACUGGCAUCAAAAGAGCGCCAGUUGCGAAUUUUCUUCGGUCGAUGUAAGAUAAUUUCCCUGAUCUUCCUCUUUCAUAUUUUACUGACCUCUAAUAACUCUAGGAAAACAAGAACACUGUCAUCGUGCAUGCCAAGUGUAACAUCUUAUUCACCUCUUGUCUUGAUCCUCAAUGGCUGGAAGAUUGCGGAGUAGAAUUCGAAUCUCGAAUUAAGCAACUCGAAGCAGGCCUUGCUACAGAUCAAUGUUAUAAAUUUAACAAAACAAUGAUAUAUAGGAUGGUAGAUACACUAGCCGAGUUUGACCCAGCAUACCGCGCAUUGAGUGAGGUCGUUCUGAACAGCUCGUCCAUGGAAGCAGGUAGCAAAGUCGAUCUAAAUGCUGUAAACAAUACUGACAGUACUAAUUUUCACACACACCCCGCCUAUAUCGAUGCGUUUUCUCAAUCCGCUGGAUUUGUAAUGAACGCCAAUGACAACUCGGAUCCCACCACUGAAGUAUUUGUCAACCACGGCUGGGGCUCUUUCCGACUUUUUGAGCCACUUCUUCCGGACAAAGUCUAUCGGACAUAUGUCAAAAUGGUGAAGGCGCAAGGUUCUAUUUGGGAAGGUGAUGUAACGAUACUUGACGGUAAUCGACCCGUUGGAAGAUUUGAACAGAUUCAGGUAAGCCUGGAACGUCCUCCAAAUGGCAAGCCCAUUCGUGAGAAACGAAAAUAUGCUAAACUUGACUUUAGCUUCAAGGUGUCCCUAAACGACUUUUGCAUAGCAUUCUACUGUCGGCAAGUAGGCAACAGUCGCAGAAGGAUACUUCUAAAUAUCCUAUAUUUGAGCCAUCUGUUAUACAUCUGGAUACGCCAUUGACGCCACCCUCUUCCGCAAAUGGCAUUUUAGUCACCAAUAAUAACAUAGACAGUAACCCCAGGCAAAUCGAGGCGAAAUUAGAUGUGAUAAACAAGGUACUACAUGAAAAGUACGCCAAAAUCAUGGAAAUCAUCUCCGAGGAGACUGGGAUCGAUAGUCACGAGUUGAAUGAUGAAACUGACUUUGUAACAAUUGGAGUUGACUCGCUUUUGUCAUUGAUCAUCACAAGUCGCCUUAACGAAGAAGUGGACUUUCAUACGAGUUCUGGAUUCUCUCUUUUUGAUCAGUUCUUUACCGUGGGUGAGUUGAAAAGGGGCUUGGCACAGUCUAUGGGGCUAUUGCCUGAAAAUGGAAGCCCAAGUCUCUCUUCCACUGGUGAUGCUCAAUCAACUGCUCAUUCUCCAAUGAUGACGGGAACACAUCUAACAACACCAUUAUUCUCUCAAGAAACUUCACCACAACCUUUUCUCUCGUCAGAUAAUCUAAGCACGAUGCACAAAUCACAAAUCCGCCAGCCCAGUUCCGUCGUCCUUCAAAAGGCACACACUAGCAUUAAUUUUCGGUCACUGUUUUUAUUCCCAGAUGGAUCAGGCUCGGCGUAUUCCUACGUCAACAUUCCACGAGUAAAUGAUGAUCUGACGGUUGUUGCUCUCGUAUCGGCAUAUAUGCGUGAACCAGAGGAAAUGAAAUGUUCAUUCGACGAGCUCGUCACAGGCUUUCUCAAUGAAAUAAAAAAGCGACAGCCGACUGGACCGUACAUGCUUGGCGGUUGGUCGUCCGGCGGUGUUUUUGCAUAUCGUGCGGCGCAGAGGUUAAUUGCGGAGGGCCAGAGAGUGGAAGAUUUGGUGAUAAUCGAUUCUCCCGAGCCAAAGGGCAUGGAUCGAUUGCCCCAGCGCUUUUAUGAUCAUUGUAGUGCCAUUGGUAUAUUUGGACAGAUCAAAACAGGUGGUGGUCCAGUCCCUGUGCUACCAAAGUGGCUGAUCCCGCAUUUUAAUGCAACUAUUGAUGUGCUACAUGAAUACUGGGCCGAACCUUUACCACUAGGUCUCACACCCAGAACUUUGAUUAUUUGGGCAGGAAAAUGCACUCUUGACGGUAUCAAAAAUCCAAAGCUUCCACCGAGUGCUGAUGACACAGAGGGUAUGAAGUUUUUGACCGAGCAACGGACUGAGUUUAGCGCCGGCGGUUGGGCCUCUCUUUUCCCAGGUACCAAGGUAGAGGUUCACGUAAUCGAAGAAGCAAAUCACUUUUCAAUGAUGGUAAUGACACCCUUCUAAUCUAACGUAAGAUCGCUAUUGAUAUUCUCUUUUUUAGAAUGGCGAGCACGCCGCAUCCUUGGCUGAAAUCAUUCGUUCAGCCACGUCCAAACCAGAGCCAUUCGCACAUACUUAGAAAACUAAUAUAUUUUAAUUAUUUCGUUGGUUGAUAUAUGUUUAACGAAGCAUAUAUUGUCAGAUAUGCGGAGCAGGAAGUCCAGGGGGCCGGAGUUUCAAGAUAAAGGAGGAGAGGUAAAGAAUAAGGAUAUCGUGCUAAAGAAGCAAAGCUUUACAAAGUAUUGUAUUCGACAUUUACCGACAGGAUAACUAGCCUAACAUAUUGUCGCGAAAUUAAAGCAAUUAUCAAAACUUGACUGAAAUAAAAGAGGGACUUAUCGAUAUAUACUUGGCAUAGAUAAGAAAGAGAUGUGUAACGAUCUGGUCGAGGCAGUGGCUGUCUGAGAUUUGUAUAAUUGAUAGUAGUAGGUUAAGGUUAUUAAUUAUUGGUUAUUUAUUUGAAAGUAGAUUUGUUAUUAGA